CUCACGUCCAGCAUCUACAUCCGCACAGGCUGAGCUAAAGAAAGGGAGAGAGAAGAGAGAGAGAGAGAGGGAGAGAAAACAGGAAGAGCAUCCAGACAAAGGAGAGGGAUAAGGGUUGUGUUGAAUGUUGUUAUUGAAUCAGUUGUAGCGCUCAGAGGGAAGAACUUGGAGAGAAAGGAGACAGGGAGACAGAAAAAAAACCAAGUGAACGAGAGAGUGUGUGUGUUUGUGCGUGUGUGAGAGAGAAAGGGAGAGAGAGUGAGAGAGAGAGAGUGAGAGAGAGAGGGAAAGAGGGAGGAGGGAGCAACGGGGAGACAGAGGAGAGUAGAUUUUAAUCCUCUUGGCAUGUGAGAGAGUCCCUGGCUGCUUGGCACUGUGUGCAGUUGUGACGGGUGUGCAGAGCUCGUUGCUGGUCUUGGUGGCAUCUGGAAAUCUUGGACUGGAAUGUGUCACAGCUAACCCAGGGGGGCCAAGACGGAACACUGCUCACUAUGCUGGGGAAGGAUUAUAUGCUCGCCAUCAUCAUAGUCAAUUAUGAUGAUAAUAUCUGGGCAGACCAGAGUUUGGAGUUGGACUCCAACCUGCCUCCAGGAUGGCGCACCAUACGGGACAGCACGGGCACCUACUACUGGCACGUGCCCACUGGCACCACGCAGUGGCAACAUCCGUCAUACAGCGCCGAGGAUGAACAGAACGCCAUCAACGGUAUCACUGCCAGCAAUCUCAAGAGUAUCGGUGCUGUCGAACAAAAUGAGUCUUCGUCCAGGCAGAACCCCGGAGGCCCCAGCAAUGACAGGGAGUCCUGGCAGGAGGAAUACUUCUAUGCCAACAUGGAUCCUGGCUCAAAGUGCUUUGCCGUCCGCUCGCUGGGCUGGGUGGAGAUCCCGGAGGAGGAGCUGACCCCGGGCAAGAGCAGCCUGGCCGUCAACAACUGCAUCCAGCAGCUCUCCCACAGCAAGGCGGAGGGCCGCGACGCCGUGGGGGCCUGGGGCGAGGGGCAGGAUAUGAUGAUGGUUCUGAAGAAAGACACUCUGAGCCUGAUGGACCCAGUGGACCACAGUCUGAUCCACUGUCAGCCCAUCGUCAACAUCCGUGUGUGGGGAGUGGGAUGCAACAACGGCAGGGACUUUGCCUUCGUAGCCAAUGAUAAGGACACCUGCAUGCUGAAGUGCCAUGUGUUCCGCUGCAAUGCUCCAGCCAAGACCAUUGCCACCGCGCUGCACGAAAUGUGCUCAAAGAUCAUGUCAGAGAAAGCAACCAUGCACCCAUCCAUGGCGAGGUCCCUAACAAUGGAGAGCAUCUCUCCAGAGGACCUGCCCAGACAAGUGGACUUCCUGGAUGCGGUGAGGCAAAGGGUGCAGAAGUUCGAAGUGGAGUACGUUGGCAACCUGCCCGUGUCCAGGGCAAUGGGUAUGGAGGUUUUAAACCGGGCCAUAGAGAGCAUCCUGCACUCCAGAGACCGAGACGAGUGGGAGCCCAUUGUAAUCCAUGUGUCAGACACCAUGAUGUCCUUGUGGAAAGGAGAGGAUGGCGACGAGCCUUUCUGGGAGUCUCAGGUGAGGUACCUCACCUUCCUGGGCGUGGGCCAUGACACGCACACCUUCGCCAUCAUCGUGGACGCCGGGACGCAGCGCUUCGAGUGCCACGUGUUCUGGUGUGAACCCGACGCCGGCUACAUCUCCGAGGCGGUGCAGGCAGCCUGCAUGGUGCAGUACCAAAAGUGCUUGGUGGCUCAGACUCCUCCUCCAAGGUCAAAGAUGUGGCGCGCCGGCUCCAAGGUCAAACGCGCCAACUCCAUGGACGGCUCCACCUUCCCGCCCCGCUACCAAGGACACUCGCCUCCAAAGAUGGCCUCCGCUGGCGUCAAAAAGGGAAUGCUGGCCUUCUUUGAGACUUUUCGAAACAAACAGCCGGUGAUGCCCACACCAUAGCACC